CCCGGCCACCGGCACCUUCCUCCUCCUCCCCUUCCUCCUCUUCCUCCGGCUCCGGCAACGGCUCCCCGGCGCCUGCGCAGCCCCGUCUGCCCGCUCUCCCCUUCCCCCGAAGUUUCGUGAAGAUUCCGGAAGGCUCCGGCCGGCUCUUUCCGCCGAAGGAGCCGCCGCGCCUUCCGGCUGCCGCCUUCCCCUGCCCUGCCAGGUUCCGUUCUCUCCUCAGCGCCGGGGCUGCCCGUGCCGCUCCGCCGCCAUGUCGCUGCUCUGCUACAACCGGGGCUGCGGCCAGCGUUUCGACCCCGAAACCAACACGGAGGAUUCAUGCACAUAUCAUCCAGGUGUGCCAGUCUUUCAUGAUGCUCUCAAAGGUUGGUCAUGCUGUAAGAGAAGAACAACGGACUUUUCUGACUUCUUAAGCAUUGUGGGAUGUACAAAGGGUCCCCAUAACAGUGAGAAACCUCCGGAGCCUGUUAAACCAGAAGUCAAAACUACCUCUGAACGAAAGGAGCUAGCUGAACUGAAACCCAAAUUCCAAGAGCACAUAAUUCAGGCACCAAAACCAUUGGAAACAAUUAAAAGGCCAAGCCCAGAUGAGCCAAUGACAAAUUUGCAGCUGAAGGUGUCAGCCUCCUUGAAGCAAGCACUAGAUAAACUGAAACUGUCAUCCGAAAAUGAAGAGAAAAAAGAGGAAGACAGUGAUGAAAUCAAGAUUGGGACAGCAUGUAAAAAUGCAGGCUGUUCAAAAACGUACGAAGGACCACAAAGUGCAGAAGAAGUAUGUAUAUACCAUUCUGGUGUACCUAUAUUCCAUGAAGGGAUGAAGUAUUGGAGCUGUUGUAAAAGAAAAACAUCUGACUUCAAUACAUUUUUAGCUCAAGAAGGCUGCACAACAGGAACACAUGUAUGGACUAAAAAGGAUGCGGGAAAGAAAGUAGUUCCAUGCAGGCAUGAUUGGCACCAGACGGGAGGAGAAGUGACUAUUUCUGUAUAUGCUAAAAACUCUGUUCCUGAUCUGAGCUACGUAGAAGCAAAUAGCACAAUGUUAAAUAUCCAUAUUGUAUUUGAAGGAGAAAAGGAAUUUCAUCGCAGUGUGAAAUUAUGGGGAGUAAUCGAUGUAAAAAGGAGUUAUGUGAACAUGACGGCUACAAAGAUUGAGCUUACUAUGAGAAAAGCAGAGCCCCUAUUAUGGGCAAGUCUUGAAUUACCGGUAUCCAACACACAAGAAAAAAAAGAGAAUUCAGAUCAAUAAUGAUUCCAAGAGACAAGUUAUUUCCCCAUUAUGAAGUGGUGACUUGCUACUGUAAUCAAAUAUUUAACUUUUAUAUAGAUUCUUUUUUUUUUUUUUUAAUGCUAGAUCAUAUGUUCCAUGCUACAAAGAAAUUUGAUGCACAGUAAACGGGGGUGUAAACUUGAAGGGUAAUAGCUGUUUCUGCUCUUGCUCCCAGGAGUAUAUUUAUUCUAGUUGGAGUGUCUCGGUGGGGAUUUGGAGUAAAAGAGCUAUUGCCCUUUACUUGCACCCUUCCCUACCAUGCACUGACUAUCCAAAUAGAUGUGUUCUCAGUCCACUGUGUGUGUUAAUUUGUCAAGUGUUCGGUUUAGACUGGAUCUACUGGGUAGCACGUUAAAUUCAUCACUGUUCCUUAUGAAUCAUAGAAUCAGAAUGGUUUAGGUUGGAAGGGACCUUAAAGAUUAUCUAGUUCCAACCCCCGUGCCGUGGGCAGGGACACCUCCCACUAGACCAGGUUGCAGUAAAGAAUUUCUUUGUCAUAUCUGAUCUAAAUCUCCCCUCUUUCAGUUUAAAAUCACUACCCCUCGUCCUGUUGCUACACUCCCUGAUAAAGAGCCGCCCCUCCCCACCUGUAGGCCCCCUUCAGGUACUGGAAGGCCACUAGAAGGUCUCCCCAGAGCCUUCCCUUCUCCAGGCUGAACAACCCCAACUCUCUCAGCCUGUCCUCACAGCAGAGGGGCUCCAGCCCGCUGAGCAUCUUCGUGGCCCUCUGCUGGCCCCAUUCCAACAGGUCCAUGUGUUUCCUGUGCUGAGGGCCCCAGAGCUGGACGCAGUACUGCAGGUGGGGUUUCACAGAGCAGAGUAGAGGGGCAGAAUCACCUCCCUCGACCUGCUGGCCAUGAUUUUUUUGAUACAGCCCAGGCUACAGUUGGCUUUCUGAGCUGCAAGCGCACAUUGUCGGCUCACGUCCAGUUUUUCAUCCACCACCAUCCCCAAGUCCCUCUCCUCAGGGCUGCUCUCAAUCAAAUCAAACGAAGCAUACAAUAAUACAGAUACAAAAAUCUGAGUUUUUGAAGCAAUUAGAAUACAAUUUUACAUCUAGAAUAAAAAAAGCACAUCAACAUAAAUCCAAAAGAACACUUGUAGACUUGCUUUUUUUGUCUUCUGAAACUAAGGUUCGUUUCAAUACCUGUUGGCUGUGGAGGGAUGGAAUAAACGGUAUUUUGCUAAGGAUUUCAGUACUUGCUGACUCCUCUGCUGUCUUUCAUGUAUAAAAGCAAGAGAUCAGAUAAAUAAAAACAAAGUUGGCAAGAGGGAAUUUAUUAUUUUUUUUUUUUACUCCUGCACCUUUGGUAUGUGAAUUGUUAAAUAUAAAAGUGAAUGGGAAAGUAUGUUCUGUCCUGUUCUACAACAUUCAAAAUUAUCAGUCUUUUUUCGGAGUAGGUGGAUAUGUGUAGUAGAAGACGACAGUACACACUGUAGGUGUCUCAGGAAAACUAUUUCCAUGUAGAUACACGUAGCUCUCGUUGCUGAGGAUGGUGAUAUAAGAACUAAAUUUGUCUACAGGACAAGUAUUAGGAGAAACAAACAACAAGCUUUAAAAUGUCCGGCUCAAAUCACAAUUGUACCUUUGAAUUAAAAUAUUUUUUAAAUAUUGUUUCUUUUGAACAGCAUAACCAAAGCACUGUAAUUAGAAACCAAGACCUUAUUUUUUGUUUUCAGUUCUCCAUCAGUAAAGAUUUGUGGCUGAAAACAGGAUAAAGAUGAGACUUUUAUCCAAGCAGCAAUUCACGCAGUAAUAUUGCUUUCUCUUUCUGCUUGAAAUAGUUUCUUAAUUUUGGGUUGCAGCUGGAAGGAAAAAAAAAAAAAAGUUUUUGUAUAAAAGUCAUGCAAAAGCUACACCAUUCUUUAUUGUGCCAAAAUUUACGUAUGUAAACAAGCGAUCCUGCAGACUGUUGGAAAGCGUGGAUGCUCAUCUUUCUACCUUUGCAGACCUGGAAUAACGCCAAGAGAAACACAGGGCGUAGUAAAGGCGUUCUGACGUCAAACAGGGAUUUCUAAGAAUCUCACUGUUACCCAACAGGUAGAAUUUGACUUGAGCUCAGAGUUCUGUCUCUAGCACUACUUGAAAUCCUACUUCAGGCUUUAAAUAGUAGGAAAUACGUUACCAAAGAAACCAAACACCAAGAAAGUAACAGCGGUGCCCUAUGCAUGAAAUUUGUUUUGGUGCUUCUUUGCCUUCGUUUCAAGAUUCUGUUUCCUCAGUGACUUGCAGGAUGCGGGGUUGCUUACUCCCUUGGGCCCCUAAUAGAAGUUCCAGCCCUAAGUUCUGCCUAAAAGAUUCUGUUAACCUCUAAUAAUGCCUUCUUUUUCUCUUUUUUUUUUUUCUUUUUUAAAUGAAUUUGAAAAUGUCAGGUGCUAUGAAGUCAUAGGGUACAAGCUUACAAAAAUGUAUGCCUGCAAAUGGACCUCUAAAAAUGGAACUCCAAAAUGCUCCCUGAUGUGCUCUGAACCAACACGUGGAGUUCUUAUUAGUCCAGUUCUGAGAACAAUCCCUUCGGUGGAUGAAGAAUCCUAGGGAGCUGUAGCUAGGAGCGUGCCAUCUGUGGUUUGAUGUGCCGGACUCAGACAGCGAAGUGAGCAGUGUUCAAGUGACAGGGUAAAGUUCUUAUUCGACAAGCAAGUUCAAACGUGUGUCUAUCCAUAUUGAUAUAUAAAUACCCUAAAUAGAUCAGUUUAUUUGCAUACUCACAUGUCGCAGGCUUACAUCACAUAACAUCCCUUUUAAAGAACUACAAGGGAAAUGGAAUUUCUUGGGAAAAGAGAAUUUCUGUGUUUAAGCAAGUCAUAUUCUCCCUUUUUUAUGCUACACGCGAAAUGGAGAGAAAUCUGCUGUUAAUGCUGCCGGCUUUGGCAGCCCGUAACUAUUUGUUACACUCUUUUAAUGUACAUUCUGCUGGUAGCUGAGUCAACUUGGUCACAAGCGCAGGAAAGCUCCUGUGAACGUUGUCCUCAGUUUGGCUUUUGCUUUUUAUUCAUUCCUCCUACUGUUUUUCCCGUUGUUCGUACUUUCAGCAGAAAAUUAAAGAUACUGCAAGAGUUCCAUAAGGACUUUUCUCCAUCAGUGACAACAAACUCACUUUUUAAAUUCAGCUGCUUAAAAAAGCAAGGAAACAAAAAAAAACCAACCAGCUUUGAUCAGGCAAGGUGGGGUCAGUUUUACAAAUAACAGCCUGGUUUUCUAUGGCCUGUGAUGGUUUUGAAAAUAAAAGGAUAAACUUUCAGACUGCCAUAAAUCUUUUGUUUAACUGUAUUAAUUCUUAGCAGCCUUUUGUGGCGCAUAGAAGGUGUCUGCAUCCAUCAUCAAGCUGUAAAAGCUGUCGCACUCACUGAAUUUGAGUGCUUGGAGCAGUUGCCCGGAGUGGUCUUCAGCACACGGAUGUUUGAUCCUGGUACGUCCUGAACUGACACUUUGACACCAAUAGCGGGAGCAAAAGUGGAAUUUUGAUUUGGCUGUAACUUUUAUUAGUAAGCGUGAAGAGAAGAGGAAAGCAGCUGUAGUACCAAACCAAUCUCAGUACUUCUCAAAAGCAACAGUUGGAAACCAAGCUGAGCAAUUUUUCAUCACUGCGGCUUUCAGCUGUCUGAUAUUAGUGAAAUUAAAUAAUAAAGUGCGAACAAGUACGUACUGGAAUACUUACUGUUAAAUUUAUCCUUUUUUUCAUGUUUUCAGAAGUUGUGCCGUAUUUAACAAGUGGGUUAACUUGCUCCAGGCUAGUUAUAUUUUUAUAAUUAGUAAGUCUUCAAAAGCUGUAGUGGGUUUACAUGUCACACAUGUAGGCAGCGUAUUACAUGUCUCAGAACUUCCUUCAGGAUCCCUUUUGAGAUACUGGGGGGGAUACAAAUCUGUGAGAGAAAUCUUAACCGUUUCCAUCACGUGUAAGCCCAUUUUGCUGCCUAGCGUUGUAUGUCGUAGCUCUACCAACAUUUCUCAGAGGAGCUGGAAUUUCUCUUUAAUGUUAAUAUACUGUUAAGCACUGGGCUGCUCAGCUACUCUGACCCUUAGGUUUUACAUGACACUGAUGUCACUUGACAAAAAAAACCUUCCAUUGGAUGAUCUUCUGGAACAGGUACAUUAUCAAGUCACCAUUUCAGUAGUCUAGGGGCUACUUUCAAUAGGAAUUUUGCCUUGAAAAGAAAAAAAGAUCUACUUAUUCUACGCAACGAUGCAUUUUUUGCUUGAAUUCUUUAAACAUGGCAUGAGUAUCGGUUACAUGCUGUACCUCUUGAGCGUUGGUCUUUCCCUAUUGCUACUAAAAUUUUUUUGUUUAUCUCCGUUCAGGAACGAGAUCCUUUUUAAAGUAAUGAGUUACGUGUCUGGAACACUGUUUUAAGGUGGUAAUAAUUUUGCCAUUAAAGAGAGUCUUGAAUUACAGUUGAAGGGGGGAAAUGUCUUUUUUGCAUGGUCGGUUGAUUCUGCACAUUGAUAAAACUUAUAUGCAGAAAUUAAUCUCAUGUCUUCAUGCUCUAGUUUUUUUCUAAAUGUACUCAAUAAAAUUCUUAUUACAUGCUGGUUGCA